GGUGCACGUACGAGACGAAGUGACGGCACGCCGAACCGAGAGCGCGUCUGAGCUCAUGAAACACGUUUAAUGUUGCAUUUCCGUACUGUUUUUCCACAUAAAAGUCUGAUCAAGUGAGUGAAUAUUAAUUGUAUCUGUGUUUCAAGAAUAAUACUCGAAGCAGUUUCAACAGGAUGGCGUCAGACGAGGAGGUGGACGAGAGCUACGCGGGGGAAGAUGAAUUAGAUGAAACUGGAGGUCAAGUUUCAAAUGUUAGUCAGCAAGUGGAUGGUUCAUCUGAUGCAGAAGAAUCUCAGAGAUUAGAAGAAGAUGAUGACUAUGAGCCAGAGGAAAGGAAAAAAAAGAAAGGGAAGAAACGAAAAGCACGCAGUGAAGACAAGAAGGGGAAGAAAAAGAAGAAAAAGAAAAAAUCUGAUUCUGGAGAUGAAAGUGAUUUUGGAGGGGGUGGUGAGACUGGUGAUGUAGCUGGAGAUGAUAGUGACUAUGCAGGGAAUAGAAAGAGUAGAAAAUCUUCCUCCAGGAAGUCGUCCAGUCACAAUGCACCAGCUUUUGGAUUAACUGAUGUGCAGAUUGAAUAUACUGAUGCAGACUUUCAGAAUUUAACCACGUAUAAAUUAUUCCAACAACAUGUCAGACCACUUUUGGCAAAAGAGAAUCCAAAAGUUCCAAUGUCAAAGCUCAUGAUGUUAGUGGCCGCGAAAUGGCGGGAUUUUUCUGAAUUAAAUCCCCACACGCAACCAGAUGCAGAUGUAUCAUCUGCAAACGUGGAUGAGGAUAGCAGAAACGCGAGAGCGAAUCGUAGUGGCACUGUGCAGGAAGGCGAGGACGAGGAGGACGACGAUGAGGACAGCGAUAGGAAACGAAAAUCGCGAGGAUCUAGAGCGAAGAAGGGGAAAAAAGCUUCCAAAGUACCUACGCUUAAGAUCAAGCUUGGAAAGCGAAAACGAGGUAGUUCAGAUGAAGAAGCAGAAGGUAGUGGUGUUGGAACUGACAGAGAUUCGGAUAUGGAAUUCGAGCAAAUGUUAGCUGAUGCUGAAGAGCCUACUGGCGCGGAUGGAACGAACAAAGGAAACACAGAUGAGAGUGGCGUCGAACCACCAGCGGAACCACCUGUUCGGAGGAAGGCAAAAACUAAAAUCGGCAACAAGACUAAAAAGAAGAAAAAGACAAAGACCACGUCCAAGUUUCCAGAUGGGGAGGAAGGCCUUCAAACUGAUCACCAGGAUUAUUGUGAAGUGUGCCAGCAAGGUGGAGAAAUUAUACUAUGCGACACCUGUCCCAGAGCUUACCAUUUGGUGUGUCUGGAGCCAGAAUUAGAAGAAACGCCAGAAGGAAAAUGGAGUUGUCCUCAUUGUGAAGGAGAAGGUAUUGCAGGUGCAGCCGAAGACGACGACGAACAUAUGGAGUUCUGUAGAAUAUGUAAAGAUGGCGGUGAACUAUUAUGCUGUGAUAGCUGUACUAGCGCGUAUCAUACACACUGUUUAAAUCCACCGCUUUCAGAAAUUCCUGAUGGUGACUGGAAGUGUCCUAGAUGUUCUUGUCCACCGAUACGAGGAAAAGUUGCAAAAAUCUUGACGUGGAGGUGGAAGGAAUGCUCAGAGACACCCUCGGAAGAACCCUCCACGAGCAAAGCUGCUCCUAAGCAACGUAGAAUACGUGAAUUCUUUGUAAAGUGGGCAGACAUGUCUUACUGGCACUGUGACUGGAUCACAGAAUUACAACUUGACGUGUUCCAUCCUCUUAUGUUCAGAAAUUACUCGCGAAAGUAUGACAUGGAUGAGCCACCAAAAUUGGAGGAACCGUUGGACGAAAGUGAUAACCGUGUGAAACGAUUGAAAGAACAAGACGGUGCUACUAACAGGGACGAAUACAAUUUAGAGGAACGGUUUUAUCGUUAUGGAGUUCGGCCAGAAUGGCUUGUAGUGCACCGAGUAAUUAAUCACAGACUCUCUAGAGAUGGCAGAGCGACGUAUCUGGUUAAAUGGCGAGAAUUAGGAUACGAUCAGGCGACCUGGGAGGAUGAGCACGAAGAUAUUCCCGGUCUGAAGCAGGCCAUCGAGUAUUAUUUGGAUCUCAGAGCCGCGAACUGCUGCGAUGGUAGUUCCUCGCGCAAGGGCAAGAAGGGUAAAGGCAAAAAGUCAAAGACACGUGAGCUUAUCGACGACGAGGAGAGGACACCUAAACGGUAUACUCCUCCGCCUGAUAAGCCUACAACAGAUCUUAAGAAGAAAUACGAGAGACAGCCAGAGUACUUAGAUCAGACUGGAAUGCAGUUGCACCCCUAUCAAUUAGAAGGUUUAAAUUGGUUGAGAUAUUCGUGGGGUCAAGGUAUAGACACUAUUCUGGCGGACGAGAUGGGUCUCGGAAAAACCAUCCAGACCAUCACUUUUUUGUAUUCGUUGUACAAAGAGGGCCACUGCAAAGGACCAUUCCUCGUAUCUGUUCCUUUAUCGACUAUCAUUAACUGGGAACGCGAGUUUGAAACCUGGGCACCUGAUUUUUAUUGCGUUACUUAUGUCGGCGACAAAGAUAGUCGGAUUGUUAUACGUGAGAACGAAUUAUCUUUUGAAGAGGGUGCUGUGCGUGGAGGGCGAGCGUCGAAGAUUCGAUCUAAUCAAAUUAAAUUCAAUGUGCUCCUCACGAGCUAUGAAUUGAUCUCCAUCGAUUCUGCCUGCUUAGGAUCUAUAGAUUGGGCUGUAUUGGUGGUAGACGAAGCGCACAGAUUGAAAUCCAACCAGUCGAAAUUCUUUAGAUUGUUAGCCUCCUACAAUAUCGCGUAUAAAUUACUAUUGACCGGUACUCCGUUGCAAAAUAACUUGGAAGAAUUAUUUCAUCUAUUGAAUUUCCUGUGUCGCGAUAAAUUCAACGAUUUAGCCGCGUUCCAAAACGAAUUCGCUGACAUUUCAAAGGAAGAGCAAGUAAAGAAAUUGCAUGAACUUCUUGGGCCUCAUAUGUUGAGAAGAUUAAAGGCUGACGUAUUAAAGAAUAUGCCAAGCAAAUCGGAGUUCAUCGUUCGUGUCGAAUUGUCACCCAUGCAAAAGAAGUAUUACAAGUACAUAUUGACGAGAAACUUCGAGGCACUGAAUCCCAAGGGAGGAGGUCAACAAGUGUCUCUGUUGAACAUCAUGAUGGAUCUUAAAAAGUGCUGCAAUCAUCCUUAUCUGUUCCCAGCUGCGUCUCAAGAAGCACCAACUGCGCCUAAUGGAAGCUACGAAACCUCUGCGUUGAUCAAAGCAGCUGGAAAGCUAGUAUUGUUGAGCAAAAUGUUAAAGAAAUUAAGGGACGAUGGACAUAGGGUACUGAUUUUUUCUCAGAUGACAAAAAUGUUGGAUAUUCUUGAAGAUUAUUUGGAAGGAGAGGGUUACAAGUAUGAGAGGAUAGAUGGUAACAUUACUGGUGCUCAGAGACAGGAAGCCAUAGAUAGAUUUAAUGCACCUGGUGCACAACAGUUUGUAUUUCUGCUUUCCACUCGUGCUGGUGGUUUGGGUAUCAACUUAGCCACUGCAGACACUGUAAUCAUUUAUGAUUCUGAUUGGAACCCGCACAAUGACAUUCAGGCGUUCAGCAGAGCUCACAGAAUCGGUCAAGCUAACAAAGUCAUGAUCUAUAGAUUCGUGACUCGUAACUCUGUCGAAGAACGAGUGACACAGGUGGCGAAACGUAAAAUGAUGCUGACGCAUUUGGUUGUGAGACCUGGCAUGGGUGGAAAGGGUGCCAAUUUCAGCAAGCAGGAACUUGAUGACAUUUUACGUUUCGGUACUGAGGAAUUAUUCAAAGAGGAAGAGGGUAAGGAAGACGAAGCCAUUCACUAUGACGACAAAGCAGUGGCUGAAUUGCUAGACAGAAGCAAGGAAGGUAUCGAGCAGAAGGAGAAUUGGGCUAAUGAAUAUUUAAGUUCCUUCAAAGUCGCCUCGUACGUGACAAAAGAAGGUGAAACAGAGGAAGAAGCAGACACAGAGAUUAUUAAACAGGAAGCUGAAAAUACAGAUCCUGCUUACUGGAUAAAACUACUGAGGCAUCACUAUGAACAACAGCAAGAGGACAUUGCUAGAACGCUUGGGAAAGGUAAACGAAUACGUAAGCAAGUGAACUAUAACGAUGGAGUAGUGACUGGAGACCAAAGCGCGAGAGACGAUCAAACUUGGCAGGAGAACUUGUCUGACUAUAAUAGUGACUUUAGCGCUCCUAGUGAUGAUGACAAAGAAGACGACGACUUUGAUGAAAAAGGCGAUGGAGAUUUAUUGUCCCGCAGAAGCAGACGAAGACUAGAAAGGAGAGACGAGAAGGAUCGACCUCUUCCACCGUUGCUUGCCAGAGUUAAUGGUAACAUUGAGGUGUUGGGCUUCAAUGCAAGGCAGAGGAAAGCAUUCCUCAACGCGAUCAUGCGUUACGGUAUGCCACCACAGGACGCGUUCAACUCUCAGUGUAUAUUAUCGCAUUUCAGGCUGGUGAGGGACCUGAGGGGCAAGUCGGAGAAGAAUUUCAAAGCGUACGUGUCCCUGUUCAUGCGACACUUGUGCGAACCUGGUGCAGAUAACGCUGAUAUGUUUGCUGAUGGUGUUCCAAGAGAGGGUCUUAACAGACAACACGUAUUGACCAGAAUAGGCGUUAUGUCUCUGAUAAGGAAGAAGGUACAAGAAUUCGAGCAUAUAAACGGAUACUAUUCCAUGCCAGAGAUGAUUCGAAAACCAGUGGAGCCUGUGAGGGUGGAGGCCGGUGGAGAUGCGGCAACUGGAACUAGCAGUACCAGUGCAACACCAGCUACUUCGAAUGCACCUAGCCCAAGUCCUGCUGCGACCCCAACUCUGACCACUGUUUCUGUAGCCGCGGCCACUGAGUCGAACAAGGCAAAUUCUGAUUCAUCUGAGGUGAAAGAGUGCAAAGAAGAGCAGAAAGAUAAAGAGAAUACUGAUUCGAAGGAUGUGAAGGAAGAGUCUAAAGAUUCUAAGGAAGAUGAGGAAAGCAACGCGGAGAAGGAGAAAGAUAAGGAAGAUGUGAAGAAAGAGGAAAAAGACGCAGAAACAGAAUCAGCAGAGAAGGAUAAAGACAAGGCGGAUGUCAAAGAUGAGAAAUCUGCGACGAAGCAUGACGAAAAGGCAGAGAGCAAUGAAAAUAAACCCAAACAAGAUUCUGAAGAGGACGUGGUCAUUGUUAAGGAUGACGAAGAGGAAUCUGAGAAGCGAGAGGAAAAAGAUACCAAGGAUAAAGACGUAAAGGACUGUGAUUCAGAGGUGAUGAAGCCCAAACGCAAGUUUAUGUUUAAUAUUGCCGAUGGUGGUUUCACUGAAUUGCACACAUUGUGGUUGAACGAAGAGAAAGCCGCCGUACCUGGCCGUGAAUACGAAAUAUGGCAUCGAAGGCAUGAUUAUUGGUUAUUGGCUGGCAUUGUCACGCAUGGCUAUGGCCGCUGGCAAGAUAUUCAAAACGAUAUCAGGUUCGCAAUAAUAAAUGAACCGUUCAAGAUGGACGUGGGUAAGGGUAAUUUCUUAGAGAUAAAGAAUAAAUUCCUGGCUCGACGCUUCAAACUGUUAGAACAGGCAUUAGUGAUAGAGGAACAGCUGAGAAGAGCCGCGUACCUGAACUUAACGCAGGAUCCGAAUCACCCUGCGAUGAGCCUGAAUGCAAGAUUUGCAGAAGUUGAGUGCCUUGCGGAAUCACAUCAGCAUCUUAGUAAAGAAAGUCUUGCCGGCAAUAAACCAGCAAAUGCUGUAUUGCAUAAAGUACUGAAUCAGUUGGAAGAGUUGUUGUCCGACAUGAAGUCAGACGUGAGUCGUUUACCAGCUACUUUAGCUCGCAUUCCACCUGUUGCUCAGCGCCUUCAGAUGUCCGAAAGAUCGAUAUUGAGUCGAUUGGCUGCCACUGCACCUGGAGGAAGCAGUUCUCAAUCAGGUCAAGCAGCAUUAUUAGCACAACAAUUCCCUGCAGGCUUCUCUGGUGGGCAAUUGCCAGCUACCUUUGCUGGUGCGGCCAAUUUUGGCAACUUCAGACCACAAUACUCAGUACCGGGUCAACCACCACAGGGAUUCACAGCUUGAAUACUAAAGGGUUGACAAACAAAAGUGGCUCAAACAAGAACUCAUAAUGGCGCAGGUUAACACUACCUUUUAACGAAAUAUCGUGUGCGCUGUGUUAUUUUUCGUAAAUUACGAUUUUUAGCUGAAUUUCAUUAGAAGAGAAGAUGCUAAGGUUUAAAGAAGUGAAUACACACGUAUACAUACAUACACAUACACACACA